CGCGCACAUCCGGGCGCCUCCCGCUUCCGCCGCGCGCCAGUUCCGCUUCCUGCGCGGCGGAGCCGGGACGGAGCCGGUGCCGCUGCCGGGGUGAGCGCCCGCUCCGCGCUGCCAGGGCCGGGGCGGAUCGGCGGCCCCGCACUGCCCGCAGAUUUUUCAGACAGUAAUACUGAACAUAUGCUUCAAGGAUGUCUCUCUCUCUCAUAAUAAAAUGGGGUGGACAGGAGUACACAAUAACCUCGCUGUCAGAAGAAGACACAGUGUUGGACCUGAAACAGUCUCUGAAAGGCCUCACUGGAGUUUUACCAGAGCGUCAAAAACUGCUUGGGCUUAAAAUGAAGGGCAAACCUGCAGAUGAUGAUGUUAAGCUUGGAGCCCUCAAGUUGAAACCAAAUACUAAGAUAAUGAUGAUGGGCACUCGUGAAGAGAGUUUGGAAGAUGUCCUUGGGCCACCUCCAGAUAACGAUGAUGUUGUCAAUGACUUUGAUAUUGAAGAGGAAGUUGUGGAAGUAGAAAACAGGGAAGAAAAUCUACUAAAAAUUUCCCGUAGAGUUAAAGAAUACAAAGUGGAAAUUCUGAAUCCUCCUAGAGAAGGGAAAAAGCUGCUGGUGCUAGAUGUUGAUUACACACUGUUUGACCACAGGUCAUGUGCUGAAACUGGUGUAGAACUGAUGAGGCCAUACCUUCAUGAAUUCCUGACUUCUGCUUAUGAGGACUAUGAUAUUGUAAUUUGGUCUGCUACUAAUAUGAAGUGGAUUGAAGCCAAAAUGAAAGAGCUUGGGGUGAGCACCAAUGCCAACUACAAGAUAACUUUCAUGCUGGACAGUGCUGCCAUGAUAACAGUGCACACUCCUAGGAGAGGAUUAAUAGAUGUGAAGCCUCUUGGUGUUAUCUGGGGAAAGUUUUCAGAAUAUUACAGCAAAAAAAAUACUAUUAUGUUUGAUGAUAUUGGCCGAAACUUCCUGAUGAACCCACAGAAUGGGCUCAAGAUAAGGCCUUUUAUGAAAGCACAUUUAAAUCGGGAUAAAGACAAGGAGCUUCUAAAGCUCACCCAAUACCUCAAAGAAAUAGCAAAAUUAGAUGACUUUUUGGAGCUCAAUCACAAACAUUGGGAAAGGUAUCUUUCAAAGAAGCAAGGACAAUAACACUAAUAAAACUGUGUGGCACUGAAUUGAAGGGAACAUCACUAAGAUCACUGGACUUUUCCUUGCUUUUGUGCUAGAGUAUAAUAGUGCUGGACACUGGACCCAAUGCCAGAAUGACUGCUAAACUUGGUCUUCCAGUUGGUUGGUUGUGGGAUUUUUUAAAAGAUCACAGCAAUAAGCUCAAAGUGGGAGAAACAAGUCAGUUGCUUUUUCUUGCAUUCAGUUCUGGUGUUACUUCUCAAAAUACUUUCCUCUCCUUUGCUGCUGAAGUACAACCAUAACCAUCAAAGACCAAAACCAUUCUGAGACUAGAAAAGAAAAUAUUUAGACCAAAAAAGUUGAUUAAAAAGCCAACCUUGGCAGUGUGUGAAUUGUAUAAGUCCUCUAUUCCCUCCAUCUUUAGAAACAGUCUCCCUCUCCCAUUCCAGUAUUUAAGUCUAUAAAUUACAAGUUGUCUAAGUUUGGUAUGUAUUAGUAUGUCAGUGUUUCUCUGUGCAAGACAGUAAGAUGGGAAAGUACCACCUCUGUGGCCAGUUUAACCCAGUGUGUGAACUUGUACUAUAAAGCAGUGUUUACUGGAAAACAAAAGAUUGACGUUUGAGGGAGAGAAACCCCCUGUUAUUUGAAAUGUCAGUGAAAAGCAGUCUGCCUGAAAAAUCCCCAUAUGUCAGAUAAAGGGUUUAAACCUCGGAUGGGAAAGUCACAUUCCUAACAAAGCAUGAACAAAACCCUUGUUCUCUUCUAGCUAAAUCUUGUCAAAGUGCAAACACUGUGUUUAAAUACAAUAUUCAGCCAUACUGUUCUUAAAAUAUCAUUUACUUGCGCUGCUUAUGCCUGCACUAUAGAAGUGUGACGUGCUGUGUUUGGCAUUUCCAACACUUGUGCAUUAUGCAGUUCAUGGAUUUGAAAGAAGACUGACCCUUUCAAAUAAAAAAUGGUAUAUAUUGUUCUUAAGGAACUAUAGCAGUUGUGUAAAUAAUAAAUACCUUUUUUCAUA